GUUACACAUGCAACGUAGGCUCAAGCGAGAGCUGCUGCUGCAAGUGCAAUAAAAAAAAUGGACCCACCAACGGACGAGCUGGUGCGUUUCGAGUCGUUUAUCCGUGUGCCGGAAAUUUUCUUCGCCAUGAUCGGUGUGGCACGGUACGGUGAGCCGAAGCGAACGCUUCGGGCGUACCUGAAGCAUCUGCUCUUCUGGUCGUCGUGCAUCAAUACCGGCUACUGUCUCGUGAUCGAGCAUAUCUACUUCGUGAAGGCGGCCGGUAACUUUACCAACUUUCUGCAGCUGACCGCACUGGCACCGUGCAUGGGCUUUACCGCGCUGUCGUUCGUGAAGAUCAUGACGAUCAAGCUGAACGAGACGAAGCUGACCGAUAUGCUGCACCGGCUGGAUGCGCUCUUCCCGAGCACGGUCGCACUGCAGCAGCGGUACGGUGUGUACCAGUACAACCGUGAAUCGCAGGUCGUGAUGAAAUCGUUCUCGAUCCUGUACAUGAUCCUGAUCUGGAUGUUUAACCUGCUGCCGCUGGUGUCGAUGGUGGUGGGCUACGUUAGCGACGGCACGUGGCACAAGCAGCUGCCGUACUUUAUGUGGUACUGGUACGAUUGGCACCGGCCCGGCUACUUCGAGGUGACGUUUCUGCACCAGAACUGGGGCGGGUUCGUGUCGGCCGUGUUCUACCUCUCGACCGAUCUGAUGUUCUGUGCGAUCGUGCUGCUGCUCUGUCUGCAGUUUGACAUCGUGGCGUACCGGUUGAGCCACGCGCUGCCCGAUGACCACCAGGAGCUGGUCGGGUGCGUGCGCAUCCAUCAGGCGGUGAUCGAGCUGUGCAAUGAGCUGGAGCACAUGUUUUCCCCCUCGCUGCUGGUCAACUUUCUCAGCAGCUCCGUCAUCAUCUGUUUGGUCGGGUUUCAGGCGACGGCUGGGAUUACGCCGGCGGAUCUGUUCAAGUUUGUGCUGUUUCUCGUCUCGUCGCUGGUGCAGGUCUUUCUGCUGUGUUACUAUGGUAACAAGCUCAUCGUUGCGAGCUCGCAAAUUCCCUACAGCGCUUUCGAGGGGAACUGGAUUGGGGCGUCCGGUUCGUACCAGCGUUCGCUGCUGUUCGUGAUGUUACGCUCCACCACCGUACAGAAGCUGACUGCGCUGAAAUUCUCCAUCGUUUCCCUGGCGAGCUAUUCGAAGAUACUAAGCACCUCGUUCUCGUACUUUACGCUACUGAAAGCUAUGUACGAACCUAACGAGAAGAAAAUGAAGUGAACCGUUACUUACAUCGCAUCUAGUAGUCAUCGUUUCUGCUGCAAACGAAUAGAUUUCAAGCGAAAAUACAAACCACCGGUAACAUACAAACCGAAAAUCAUGUUAGCAAACCUGCCGAAAGGGAACAUCUUCAACAGCACAAACGAAAACAUUUCGGAGUUUCAUUUCCUCCAUCUCCUUAAACCUCCAACGCACACACAAACACUAGAGAACACGGGUUUAGAUUUAAAGAGAUAAUCUUUAAAUUUUAUUAUUUCCUUAACGCUGAUCCAAUAUCCAGCCGUGGGAUGUUAUAAAGUAAAUAUUCCGCGCGCUCCUUCGAUACGUGUAGCCCGACACAAUGGCUGGGGGUGGUGGUAGCACUUUGUUUACACGCGCGCGUACGCACUCACACUCACACCUUCUUCCUCACCC